AUGGAGAGCCAUGGUGACCCUGCACCCGCAGCCGCCCCCACGAACGGCCUGAGAAAGGUGUUUACAAUGCAGAAUCGAAGCCGGACGACGCUGGGGAAGACUGACGGGCCCGAGACGGAUCCUAGGAACAGAAGCUCGACCAUUGAAUCAAAGGCGGAGGAGGCGAGGCCGGCGACCAGCAGCGCUGCCUCGAGCCACAGCGACACUCCCAGCGGCAUCUCAAAGCUGCUCUCGGGGGCCAGAAGACGGAACCGAAAGAAGGGCAAUUCGUCUACCUCGUUGAAUAAGGACGCCGAGCAGGUCGAGGGCUACGACUGGCAGGCCGGGGAGUCAAAGGUCUCCCUGCCGUCGGUAGAGAUCAAUGGGCAUCGCCGCAGGUCCAUGACGAACCCAGAGAGCAACCAUGUCUCAGACUGCUCAGAAUCAGAUGUCCACUCCCGCGGGGAUCCGGUAGCAUCUACCCCCGAACUCGGCAACUAUAAGGAUGAAAUCGACAGCAACGCCGGCGGACUACGCUCAAAUACAGCAUCAGAGGUCAGUUUUGACAGCUUCAAGGGUCCCUCCAGGAACUCGUCCACCUUGGGAGUCUCCCCAGAUAGACCGUCGACGUCUCCAACCGGCCGGAAGCUGAAAGAAGCAUUCGUUCACCGGAUGACGAACAAGAGCACCGAUACCAGUCCCAACAGGAGCUCUGGGAAGCUAUCCGGCAGCAACAAUGUGAAAGAUUCCAACGGAUCUGUAGAUGGCGGAUCCUCCUUGAGAACGCUACCACCUAUACAAACGGCACCGCCGUUGCCCCAUCCAAUCAUAACAACAACUUCCCUUGACGCUGGUCGUCAAGGAACUGAUAAACCCGCCCCCUCGAACGGAAAUCCACAGACUCCUCCAACGUCCAGGAACGCACCGGAAAUAGUCACCACUGUCACCCCUCCUACUCCUACUAACCGCGAGUUCAAUUCCCAGCACGCUCCUCUGACCAACAUCGUCAACUCCACAGAAUCUACGCAACAUGAUACCCCCGAGCCGCCGCCGUCCAACAUUGUUGUCAGCCCUUCAGGUAACAUGAUAUCCCACCGCCGCGUACGGUCAGCGUCUGCCGCUCACCGAUCAAGUAAACUAUCCAAUUCAUCAGUCCCUCCCGUAUCCCCCGCACCAGAGGAUCCAAAGUCUCAGGGAAAGUCGUCCACGUCACAAUUCGGGGCGGGUUUCUUCUCAUCCAUGGUUUCUGCGGCACAGAAUGCUGCCACAACUUUAAGUAGCAGCUUAAAUCCCCAGGCCAAGGGAAAUAAAAGUUCCCAAGAGCAGAACCUUGAAGGGGAUACUCGAGACUUAGGCGAGCAAGAGAAUCCCGCAGCUACCCCUGGAGGCGAGGAAAAUGUCGCCCCCCAGGAUGGCAAAAAAGAGCUGGCUGUCAACACCCUUGGUACGGGUGAUCUUGACUUUAGUCAUCUUGGACUGGAGCAUCUUGAAAAGGCCGCAGGUGAUGAUGAAGGCAGCAAGUUGGACGUGGCUGGACGACCUCGUGCAAAAACCGCAGUCUCACAACGUGACGAACUUGCUGCGCGCAUGGAAGACGUACGGGCUGCCCGGGCUGUUUCUAUGGCCUAUGGAAAUACCCCAGGAACUCCCAUAGUUACCGUGGACAGCAUUAAUACAGACAACCAGCCUGCAAACCCUUUGAACACUGUGGUUAGAGAUAACGCUGGUGAAAAUACUCCCCCGGGGGGCAGCGUCCACAGUGAGACGGCCGAAAGUCUUAAACAAAACGGCAGUCUUAGGAGCCGCCGUGCUCGCAGGGAUCGUGGUUCCUCUGCUGCUACAACAAAUACUACAAUCGGUGCACCUAUCGGAACAAACCUCACCGCAAGGAAUACCAGUAUCCCCCGUCUCACCGGGUUCGCCGUUGCCAGUAAGAAACGAAAUCGUGACUUUCAUUCGCUUUUCCGCAGUGUUCCCGAGGACGAUUACCUGAUUGAGGACUACAGCUGUGCAUUACAGAGAGAGAUCAUCCUUGCAGGCCGACUGUAUAUCUCUGAAGGCCAUAUCUGCUUCUCCAGCAACAUCUUGGGAUGGGUAACGACAUUAGUCAUUGCCUUCGAUGAAGUCAUCGCUAUAGAAAAGGAGUCUACAGCCAUGGUCUUCCCAAAUGCCAUUGCCAUACAAUCACUGCAUGCGCGCCAUACCUUCCGCAGUUUGCUCAGUCGAGAUGCAACGUACGACUUGAUGGUCAAUAUCUGGAAAAUCAGCCACCCGACACUCAAAAGUUCCAUCAACGGAACGCAUAUCGACCAGGGCACUGGAGAUAAAACUGAAAAGACAGAUGACGUCUUUGACGAUAGUGCCUCGGACUUGGACGAUGAUGACGAGGUCUACGAUGAAGAUGAAGACGGUGCUGAGAUUACUAAUAACGGGAGCGAAGGCAACAGUGUAGCGGGCAGUGAAGCACCAGACCAAACACAACGCAUGCUUCGAAAAUCCUCUACCGUCCCGCUUUCUGCUAUGGGGGCUCCUCAGGCUCCCGGUCCCGGUGAAGAAACAAAGCCAGGUGAAAACGGAACCAGUUCAAGCCCUGACUUUCCGGGUCCUAAGACCCAUGCACCAACAGAAUACAAUGACCCUGCUGGACGCUUUGACAAACUGAUCAAGGAUGAAGUUAUUCCAGCUCCCUUGGGACAAGUAUACGCUCUCGUUUUUGGUAUUCCUUCGGCUGCCUUCAUGUCCAAAUUUUUGGUGGAUUACCAGAAAGUCACCGAUCUGCAAUUCGAGGAUGACAAAAAGGGUCUCACGAAUGAAUCCAGGACGCGGUCAUACAACUACAUCAAACCGUUGAACGGCGCAAUCGGCCCGAAGCAAACAAAAUGUAUUAGCUCUGAGCAACUUGACUUCCUCGAUCUUGAGAAGGCGGUUCUUGUCACUCUCACCACCCAGACACCGGACGUGCCCAGUGGAAAUGUAUUUUCGGUGAAAACCAAAUAUCUCCUUACCUGGGCCCCUGGGAAUGCCACAAGGAUGGUCAUGUCGUGUCUUGUAGAAUGGACAGGCAAGAGUUGGAUUAAAGGUCCAAUCGAAAAAGGUGCUAGUGAUGGCCAACUUACUUUCGGCAAUGAUCUCGUCAAAGCGGUCAGAGCUGCAGUUGCCCGUGGUCCUGGGAUUAAAGCCGGGCCAAAGGGCAAAGGAAGACGCAUCCGCAUGGCAGCCGAAAUGGCAGUUGCCGCCAAAGACCAAGCUGCUCUGGAUUCCGCCAAAUCCCAGCCCGACAACGGCUUCCUGUCAACCCUCUAUGGCCCCUUUGCUCCAGUGGUGGAUAUUAUAAAACCGUUCUGGAGCAGCAAUAUGACUAUCGGUGUUCUCGUGAUUCUUCUCGUCACUAUGUGGUUCCGUGCUUCCGUCCCUGGCUAUCCAACUUCUGGAGCUGGUCUCACGUCACAUUCCGUGCCCGAACGGCUAAUUGCAUUAGAAGAACUAUGGCAGCGAGAAGAGAAUGAGCUUUGGGACUGGCUAGAGGAGAGAGUAGGGCUAGAUGGUCUCUCAUUCCCAGUUGUUGAUAACGCGCAUUCCCGAGACGACAAACAGCGGCCCAACCGCCGUGCUGAAAAGGAGUUUGAAAGUCGUCUACAUCGCGAUAGAAUGUCUGAGCGUGAAGCCGAAAAUGCCAUCCGAGUUACACAAGAACGCCUCGAGACGCUGCAGAAAAUUGUCGAAAAGCGGAAACAAAACCGCCAGGCUUCAGUAGAGGAGCAGACCGAACCUCCUUCAACCUGA